AAUAAUAAUGGUUCAAUAUAAAUUACAUUAUUUUGACACAACAGCAAAAGGUGAACCAAUUCGUUUACUGUUUAAUUACAAGGGACAGUCUUUUGAAGAUUAUCGAAUUAAAAAGGAGGAUUGGCCAACACUUAAAUCGAACUAUAUAUUUGGACAAGUCCCAGUGUUAGAAAUUGAUGGAAAACAAUUAGCACAAUGUGGAGCUAUUAUGCAAUUUUUGGGCAAAAAAUUUGAUUUGGGAGGAAAAAAUGAAUGGGAAGAGGCGAAGGUAAUGGAAAUAAGCUGUCUUUGUGAUGAGAUGGCAUAUAUGGUAGGUCCAUACGUUGCAGCAAAAUUUGGAUUUCGCCAAGGCGAUGUUGAGCAACUUCGAAAGGAUGUUUUUCUGCCAGCUAUUGAAAGAUAUUUUCCUUUAUUUGAAAAACGUUUGGAAGAGUCCAAUUCUGGUUUUAUUUUGCCUUCUGGAUUAAGUUUUGUUGACUUUUCUGUUGCUCACUUUAUCGGAAUGAUGAUUGAAAUGGAAAAGGAUAUAAUGGCUAAAUACCCAAAAUUGGUUGAAUUUUCAAAGCGCAUUUAUUCGCUUCCUCAAUUGAAGGAAUAUUUGAGCAAGAAAAAAUGUUAA